CUGCCUGACUGCGCUCGCCGAGCCGCUGAUUCGUGUGCGCGCUCCGUCCUUGUAACGUGUAUGGGACGGACCGGAGACGUGGAUGAAGGCUGGUGUGAGGUUUCCCUCCUCGCACACAAGCAGCUCUCUCAGAGGCACAGAGCUUCAAGGCUGCAAGGAGUUCUGCUUAUGGAAAACCCUCCACCUCGACUGCCUGGCUGAUGCUACAGCUUGCUACUGUGUCUUUUGCUGGCUAUGAUUUAAAAGCCAGAGGACCCAAAUACAGAACUAGAAAAAGGCUUUUAAUACGUUACAUUUUGAUCAGUUGACUGUAAUCAUGGGGGCCACAGGCUACGGUUACUACCGGGUGGUCAUCUUCCUGUGCAUGUUCACUGGCUACUCGCUGUAUUUCUUUAACAGGAAGACAUUCUCUUUUGUUAUGCCGUCUGUAAUGGAGGAGAUAGAACUGGACAAAGAUGACUUGGGUUUGAUCACCAGCAGUCAAACCAUGGCCUACGCCAUCAGUAAGUUCAUCAGCGGCGUGCUGUCGGACCAGAUCAGCGCCCGCUGGCUUUUCUCGAUCGGCCUCUUCUUGGUCGGAGGCAUUAACGUGGCCUUCUCUUGGUCUUCAACUGUGUUCAUGUUCUCCCUGCUCUGGUUCAUCAACGGCCUGGGACAGGGCUGUGGGUGGCCCCCAUGUGGGAAGGUGCUUCGGAAGUGGUAUGAGCCGUCCCAGUUUGGAACAUGGUGGUCUGUGCUCUCCUGCAGCAUGAACCUGGCUGGAAGUCUAGGUCCGCUCAUGGUCACGGUGCUCCUGCAGUAUUACGACUGGAGGACGAUUCUGGCCAUGUCUGGCGUGUUCUGUGCUGCUUUCUCAUUUGUUUGUCUGGUAUUCGUAAAGAAUGAGCCGAAGGACGUGGGCCUUCCCAGCAUCGAAGCUGCAGCUAAGAAGGGUGUGAAAGGAGGCAACAGUGAGAGCACCCUGAGCGAAUUUCUCCUCUCUCCCUUCUUGUGGAUCCUCUCUCUGGGCUACUUGGUUGUUUUUGGGGUGAAGACGGCAGCCACUGACUGGGGGCAGCUGUUCCUCAUGCAGGAGAAAGGCCAAACUGCUCUCAUGGGCAGCACCUACAUGAGUGCACUGGAGGUCGGGGGGUUUGUUGGCAGCCUCUCGGCAGGUUUCAUCUCAGAUAGAGCCGUAGCCCGUAAAGGCUUGAGCACUCAUGGCAACCCCCGACAUGGCCUGCUCAUUCUCAUGAUGGCUGGCAUGUAUGUGUCCAUGUAUCUGUUCAGAGUGACCAUCACACCUGAAGUACCAAAGGAAGCUCCUUUGUGGGUCCAGGUCAUCCACCCUGUGUCUGUUCUACUUGGAGUCUCGGAGAAAGAGAUUUGGAUUCUCUUCCUUGGUGCCAUGUUUGGGUUUUCUUCUUAUGGACCAAUCGCCUUGUACGGAGUGAUAGCAAGCGAAAGUGCUCCUUCCAAUUUCUGUGGAACGUCUCACGCCGUCGUCGCACUGAUGGCAAACGUGGGGGCUUUCAUGGCAGGGCUUCCCUUCAGCACUGUUGCCAAGCAGCACAGCUGGGACACGGCUUUCUGGGUAGCUGAAGUCAUAAUGGGCAUCACCACCAUUGCGUUCUUCCUUGUGCGCAACAUGCGCACCAAAAUGGGACGAAUAGCAGAGAAAAUGGACUAGUGCAUAUUUUUGGGGAGGCGAACUAUUCACCCAGUACAGCACAGUGAUUUAAUAGGAGCUUUAUGAAACAAACUAAGGUCAGACACAAAUUAAUCUGAAAAUCUUUCCAUUAUAAAUAUGUAGGUACUCAGGCCAGGGGGGCUGCAACUUAAUCACUUUAUAUUUGUAAUGAAAUUGUCACACAGAUUUAAUCUUCACCAGCACCAGCAUGCAGUCGAUCACUUUUAUUCACAAGCUUCUGGACAGAUCUCUGGACGUAUGAUGCAUUCUGAAGGAAGCCACUCUAGCAUGAAUGUCUUCACUGAUGUGUUGUUUUCUUUCUCAAGAUGAAUCAUUUUCGCUGUUCACUACAUUAAUUACGUAAAGAAUGUGGCUGUACACCAUCGAAAGUUUCAGUCGAAUGUUUAGAUCCAUUGUGGUGAUGAAUGUCACAUUAAUCUGGGGCUUUCACUGAUUUAUUUGGUGAAAUGAAUGAAUAAUGUUCAACUGCAAUGAGAUCUACAAAACACGAAGAAAACCAGGGGGCCUGAGCCGAAACUGACCCGUUCUAGCUUGACUGAAAUUUGCAGCUUCUCAAACCUAAGGAUACUGUGAAGCACGGUGGUGCUAGAGUCAUUCUGUGUGUCUGUUUUACUGGCAGCAGUACAAUGCAAUAAGUGGAUUAUGGCUGAAACAAUUACUGGAUUCAUCACAUUAGUAGCAAUGAGUCAAAUAUUGAAAUAAUCGUUCACUGAGUAAUUGGACAAAUAUGGUAACUAAACAAUUAAAGCAGUAGGUAAGCCAAAACCGUGCUUUUUAUAUUUAUAUAUACAUGUCUGUAAAAAUAUGCUAGCCAAAACUCUUCAGCUUUUAUAUUUAGCUUCACUGGGUUUAGCUUUAAUAAAGGAAUUCUGUUAUUCCCUUUUAGCCAAUAAGAUGUUUAUUUUCUUACUUAAAAAAGGAACUGAAUUAUUUAUUUAUUUAGAUCUUUUAAUGUGUCUCUAGCACUGUAUUACAAAGGCUUAAGUGGUUAAAUAAAAAAUCUACAGAAGGUGCCUUUUUUAAAAAUUUGAUUACUCAUCAGAAUAAAUGAUUACUAAGAUAACUGUUAGUUGUUGUUACCCCUGAACUGGAUAAAAAUUAUUUACGGCUAACCUCUAAGUUCUUUCCACAGUUCGUCCAGGAAUGUAGAAUUGUAGUCUAUGGGGAGGUUUGUGUCGUACAACAUUUAUAAAGAGACAUUUAUGUCUCUCCUUCAAAACUUCUGCGUGAAAAAAGUAGGUCAUUAGUGGGUCUCUUGGGGAUGUUGGCCUAGCAAAGUGUCUGAAACUGGCACCGGAAGUUUGAACCCCUUGAACCAGGAAUGUAAAACUUGAACAAUGAUUCAUGAAAGCUUUUUGUGGGAAUAAUUAGGGCUUGAAUAAUUAAAGCAAAGCAAAAUGUGAUGUUCUUGAACAGCUUUCCCAAAGCCCCUACCUCAACAUGAAUUACAUUCAAUGGCUGGGUUUUGUCAUGAAACCAGUCAAUUUUAAAGAGCUCCACCAAAUGCCGCAUCAAAAAUGCAAUCGGAACCAGAACUGGGUUGACGGCUACCAAAAGCAUGUUUAAAGGGAGCCUUGCUAAGAAAUAUUUUACCAAACAUCAAUACUGGGGUAUUUAAUCAUGUCUCUUUAGUUUUUAGAGAAAAUCUGUAGUAAAUGUCAAUAUAUUGACAAAAUGCAAAAUAAAUUCAUCUACCUAUUCAUGGAAAACAUUUGAUUUAAUUUAGUUUUUCUUGUUAGAUGAUACUUGAAUAUCCCUAUUUUGUGAAACAAAGCAUGUUGGCUCAGAACAGCUAAAUUGACCCCAGAAAACUUCAUUAUUUCAGUUUAUUAAUGAACGGGUGUCACUCUGUGGUGGUCUACUCAUCUCAAAAUCUAAGUUUCCCAUAGAUUCUUUCAGUCUUUCUGUGAUGGUACAAUAAAGUUGGGAUAAACAUA